GCUAAAAUUGCUGAAUUCAUAUAAUUCUAUUGGAAUUUUUUUGAGUUCGUUUUUUUCUUUAAAUUAAAUUAACAAAACAAUUAUUACUGAGUGGAUACAAAUUUUGAGGAAACCCCGUGCAAAGGAAUAUAUUUUUUAUAUGACUUUUGAAAGAAUAACAGAAACACCAGUAUACCAGAAAACACCUCCAUCUCCACCUCAACGGAGCAAGCUAGUUAGUUCGUGCAUGAAUUCACAUCGGCGUUAUUUAAGUCAUAGGACUUCAAAAUUUUCUAGUAACAGACAUCGGAAACUUCAACCUUUUAGAGAAACGUGAGGCUCUUAUUCAAUGAAUUAAAAACGCGCCCUCGUUUGUCGAAUUUCAAAAACUAUUUUUUAUAAAUAUAAAUAAUAAACCACAAAUACCACAUACACACAAAAAAUAUUAAACAUAUAAAUGUAAAAAAAAUUGAUAAAAAAAUUUCUAAAAAAAGCAAAACAAAAAUUUCUAAAAAAAUUAAAAACACAUCCGCGUUAAACCCAAAAAAGGAGGAGUGUAAACAAACAAAUCAAAUCAAAUAAAUUCAACAAGAAUUAUUAAAUAAAACAAAAAUAUAAAGAAGCCCUUAUAUAAAAUCAAUACAAAGAAUAAUCACAAGAACUUUAUAUUAACUAAUUAUAACUAAAGACAACAACAAUAUAUAUAAAAAAGGACAUUUGAAACUAGUUACAGUUUCAAACAAACAGCAAAUUAAUUUCUAACCCUAAAAACCAACCAACCAACCAACUCGUUGUUCGUUCAAUUUGAACUUUAAACCAAAGUCCUUAAAAACAAAAACAAACUUCAUGAAUUUACCAAACUGCAUAAAACCAUAUAAUAAAUCAAAAAAUAAAAAUCUUAAACCUUUUAUUCCAAACGUCACCUACAACACCCACAACAGCAACAACAUACUGCAGUCGUCAGCAAACUGUGGCCAAGCAGAGGAGACCUACGAUUCCUAUUAUAACUUAAACCAGUUGUUGAUGUUUAUUGAAAACGAUUUUGUCGCCGCUGGUAAUGAGGUUUUUUGCCCACACACACAACUAUCUGAGCGUUAUUUGAGUUAAUUUCAUCAUCACAAAAUAACAAACAGGAUUAGACAAUUUUGGAUAUCCUUUAAGGGACUAAAGAAUUUGGAUUGUUAACAAAAACGGCUUAAAGCUUUUACACACAUACAAAAACACGCUAAAACACACAAACAAAGGAAAUCUACGGAAAUAUUUAAUUGUUGUGAACCUGAGACAGACUUUUAUUCAAAAUGGGUUCCGUUAAUGUUAAUCGCAAUGUCACUGACAUUUUCUAUCGCUACAAAAUGCCGCGCAUUUUGGCCAAGGUCGAGGGCAAGGGUAAUGGCAUUAAAACCGUCAUUGUCAAUAUGGCCGAAGUUGCUAGGGCCAUUGGCCGACCAGCCACCUAUCCAACCAAGUAUUUUGGUUGUGAAUUGGGUGCUCAAACUCAAUUUGAUUACAAGAAUGAACGUUUCAUUGUGAAUGGCUCCCAUGAUGCUGCCAAACUACAAGAUCUCUUGGACGGUUUCAUCCGCAAAUAUGUCUUGUGUCCCGAAUGCGAUAAUCCCGAAACCGAUUUAACUGUUUCGGCCAAAAAUCAAACCAUUUCUCAGUCUUGCAAGGCCUGUGGUUUCCAUGGCCUUUUGAAAGUCCAUCACAAGGUUAAUACUUUCAUUUUGAAAAAUCCACCCACUAUUAACCCGGCUGUCCAGGGUUCUUCGUUGACCGAGGGCAAGCGUGCUAAACGUUCCAAGGGUAAGAACGGUGAGAAUGGUGAUGCUAACAAUUCGAUGGGCAAGAAUUCCGAUGAUUCGGAUGGCGGCAAUCAGGCCAGUCAAACGGAGGCAAAAAUUAGUGCCGCUUUGCCGGAGAAGACUGAUGACGAUGAAGAUUGGAGUGUUGAUGUGUCGAAGGAAGCCAUACGUGCUCGUCUGCAAGAUUUAACCGAUGGCGCCAAGAGUAUGACCAUUUCGGAUGACUACGAUAAAACCGAAAAGGAACGCAUUGACAUUUUCUAUGAAAUUGUCAAGAAGAAGUUGGAUGCUGGCCAAUUGGAAUCGGUGGCCGAACACAAGGAUCUCCUGAUCGAAGCCGAACGUUUGGACAUUGUCAACAAGGCCUCUUUGGUGUUGGCCGAAUUACUCUUCUCCGAGAAUCUACCACAAGAUGUGCGCAAACAUCGUGUCUUACUAUUGCGUUUCACUCAUAACAAUCAAAAGGCUCAGCGCUAUUUGAUUGGUGGCAUUGAACAGGUCAUUGCCUUGCACAAGGACAAACUUUUACCCAAAGUGGCUGGUGUCUUUAAGUUGUUCUAUGAUGCCGACAUUUUGGAUGAGAAAGUGAUAUUGGAGUGGUCGCAAAAGGUGAGCAAGAAGUAUGUGUCCAAGGAUGUGGCCACUGAGAUACAUGAAAAGACCAAACCUUUUAUACAAUGGCUUAAGGAGGCCGAGGAGGAGGAUUCCUCAGAAGAAGAGGAUGAUGAAGAUUCAGAGGUGGAGAUUGAAUAUAAUGAUCGUGCUCGUGUGGAGCCUUUGAAGGCUGUUAAGCAAGUGGCCAAGAAGGUCAUUGAUGAGGACGAUGAUGGCGAGGAGAUUGAUAUCGAUGAUAUCUAAAUGCAAACGAUACUAACACACACUGGCAAAAGUCUUUAAUUAAACAAAAUAAUAAGUCCUUUUUCUACUUUUUAACCAACAAAUCCCAGACCUGCUACAACAUUUAUUGAAAUAUUAAAUUUUUUUUACUUAAUAUUACCUUAAUUAAUAUUAAUAUAGAUUUUUUUUUUUAAUUUUUUGAUUUAUUAAAAACCUUCUUCCUCUAAUUAAUUUUAUUAUAACGUUAAAUUUUAUUACUUGUUAUAUUUUUUCUUUUAUUUUUAAACAAUUCCAUCCAAAAGGGCUUUUGUUUUUUUUUCGUUUUAAACUUUAACUCUCUCUCCUUUUUUUAAAAAUGAAAUAAUUUAAUAUUUUUUUAGAAAUUUUAUUUUGCACAACAAAAAAAAUGUAUUGAAAAAAAUUAAUAAUAAAAAAAAAAUUAUAAAACUUUGAAAAAACUGGUGGUAUUUACAGCAAAGCUUUUCUUUUUCUUAAUUUAAAUUCAAAAUUUAUUGAAUUUUCUUAACAAGUUUAAAAGUUUUGUUUACCAUGGCCAAAAAAAAAACAAGUAACACAUUUACAAUUUUCAUAUAAACACCAUUUAUAAGAUUUUCUUUAUUUCAUUUAAGCUUAUAUUUGUAGGGUUUUUUAUUAUUAUUAUUAAUUCUAUUAUUUUAGUUUGUAUUCCAUUUAUAUAAAAUAUAUAUUCUAUAUUUUUAUGCAAUUUCUCUUCUACGGCCCCCCCGCCCCCAUCUCUUUUUUCAAAUAAUAUAUAAAUAUAUGCAAUUUCAAGAAAUAAAAUUAUUAAUAAAAAAAUAUACAAAACAAA